GGGCUCUGCGAGGCCAGCGCUCCAGCGCCACUGUAGUUUCUGCUGCGCCAGCGCUGGGGCCCACGGUGUCGCUCAGCCGGCCUGAUCUACCCUGGUGAUGGCCCCACUGGUUGCUGUUGUAUCCAGUCCACGUGCCCGGCUCUUUGCUUGUUUCCUUAGGCUGGGCACUCAGCAGGCUGGACCCCUCCAAUUGCAUACGGGAGCCUGCUGCACAGCCAAGAACCACUAUGAGGUGCUGGUACUUGGUGGGGGAAGUGGUGGGAUCACCAUGGCCACUCGCAUGAAGAGGAGAGUUGGAGCGGAGAAUGUGGCCAUUGUUGAACCCAGUGAGAGGCAUUUCUACCAGCCAAUCUGGACACUAGUGGGUGCUGGUGCCAAAGAGCUGUCCUCAUCGGACCGUUCUACACUGAGUGUGAUUCCAUCCGGUGUGCAGUGGAUUCAAGAUAGAGUGGCGGAACUGAACCCAGAUCAGAACUGUAUCCGCACAGACAAUGGCAAGGAGAUCUCCUACAGAUAUCUUAUCAUCGCUCUUGGAAUCCAGCUGGACUAUGAGAAGAUUAAAGGACUACCUGAAGGCUUUGCUUAUCCAAAAAUAGGGUCCAAUUACUCAGUUAAGACAGUGGAGAAGACAUGGAAGGCCCUGCAGGACUUCAAGGAAGGCAAUGCCCUUUUCACCUUCCCAAACACUCCAGUGAAGUGUGCUGGUGCCCCCCAGAAGAUCAUGUACCUAUCGGAAGCCUACUUCAGAAAGACUGGAAAGCGAUCCAAGGCUAAUAUCAUCUUCAACACAGCCCUUGGAACAAUUUUUGGAGUUAAGAAGUACGCAGAUGCUUUGCAGGAGAUCAUUCGGGAGAGGAACGUUUCUGUCAACUAUAAGCACAAUCUUAUUGAGGUCCGAGCUGACAAACAGGAGGCUGUUUUUGAGAACCUGGACAAGCCUGGGGAGACACAUGUGAUUCAUUAUGAAAUGCUUCACGUCACGCCACCCAUGAGCUCGCCAGAUGUCCUCAAGAGGAGUCCUGUGGCCGAUUCUGCUGGCUGGGUGGACGUGGAUAAGGAGACUCUGCAGCAUAAGAAAUACCCGAAUGUGUUUGGCAUCGGGGACUGCACCAACCUCCCAACUUCAAAGACGGCUGCUGCAGUAGCUGCCCAAUCUGGAAUCCUUGAUAGAACAAUUUCUCUGAUUAUGAAGAAUCAAACACCCACAAAAAAGUAUGAUGGCUAUACCUCGUGCCCACUGGUGACUGGUUACAACCGUGUGAUUCUUGCUGAGUUUGACUACACAGCUCAGCCUCUGGAAACCUUCCCCUUUGAUCAGAGUAAAGAACGAAUUUCCAUGUACCUCAUGAAGGCUGACAUGAUGCCGUUCCUGUAUUGGAAUAUGAUGCUAAGAUUCAAUGCAUAAGAUGCUGGCUUCAUUGCAGAAGAAGGAAUGGAAGGAUUGUAAUGGAUCAAGGAAGAGAGAGUUAGAAGGAAGAGUAGAAGAAAGAAGCCACAGCCAAAAAUAAUACUCUGACAAAAUAUGAGUUCAAUUGGGAGAACUAUAAAACUGAUAACUUGUAGAUUAGAAGACCAUGAAGCAACAAAUCUAUAUUAAGAACUACAGUUAAUGAAGGAAGUUGAGAGUAGGAAGAGGGGAACAAAUGGUUAUUCUACAUCACAUGGUCAGCCCUGCAAACAUAUGUACAAGCUAAACUAUUUAUUGGAGCACUACAUACUUGUGUGUGUGUGUGUGUGUGUGUGUGUGUGUGUGUGUGUGUGUGUGAUUGUAUCAAGAAUAUGUGAAGAAAGCAGUCACAGAAUUUAACUGGAUCAUGUGGGUACAUAUGGGAGCAUUAUGAGGGAGGAAAGGGAUGUUGAAAAUUAUGUUAUAUUAAUUCAAGAACAAAAUAAAUGGAGAUAAAAUGGAAUGUAAUUUAAAGAAAGUGUCACAAAGAACACACCUUUCAUGUUUUACAAUGAUGUAGCUAUGUACCAACAAAACAUUCAAACAAAAUAGCACAGUGCUAAGUAUAUCUUAUUCCAUGUGUUAGAGAGUAUAGUCCCAGAAGAUAAACAAUACUCUACAAUUUUGAUAGUAUUUUUUGUUGUUCCUAUAUAUGGCAGAUGUUUCCUGUUUCUAAUGACAAUAGAGAUCUUAGAUUUGAUUCGUAAAGAAGUCAAAAUAUUACUGAGAAGAGGGACAAUUCCUUAAGAAAUAUAUAGCAUAAAUUUUAGCUUUAAUAUAGUCCAUUUACACAUAUGCAUAGUCUUUCAGAAUGUUCUUACUUUUUACAGACUUUUAUACUUGCUUUGGUUUCUCCAUAUCAAUAAUAUUUGUAUUUAUAAACAGUGAACAUCUGACCUAAUUUUCUUCUGUAUUUAUCCAGUUAUUAUUUCAAUGAUCUCUCCUGUAGCUCGGUACAUGUUAUAGUGGAUAGUUUAGUGGAAGAAUGGAGAAGUCAAUAUAUGGAAAGGCUUAAAAGUAGGAGAAGACUUAUGACUCUAUCCUUCUAGAAAACUCUCCUUACUCUUUAACAUCUUGUCUUGCAAGUAAGUGGUUAUUCUCGAUCACAUUGCCCAGGCCACCUUUUUAAUUUCCUUUAACUGAAUAGUAUUAGGCUAAGAUUCAGAAUGUGUCUUAAAAUGCAUGUCACAUUAUUUAAAUGAAUCAUAUAAGAUAUAUUGAUAAGCAUUGUGAUAUUUACCCACCACUAUUGUUCUGGAGCCAAAACCAUUACUUAUAAAUGCUAUCCUAAAGAUAGUUCUUUCAUUCUAACAGGAAGGCU